CAAUGUGCAGCCACCUUCUCCUCCUCUCGUUCAUGCUACUUUCUCCCAUAGCCUUCGCCGCCGGCGUCGCCGACACGAUCGGCACGGGCCGCAACAUCACCGACAGCGAGACGCUCGUCUCAGCCGACGGGACAUUCACCUUGGGUUUCUUCUCUCCCGGGGUGUCAACUAAGAGAUACCUCGGCAUCUGGUUCUCCGUAUCCGACGACGCCGUCUGCUGGGUGGCAAACGGUGACCGCCCCAUCAAUAGCAACUCUGGCGUGCUGGUGAUCAGCAACACGGGAAGCCUUCUCCUGCUAGAUGGCGGGGGCCAGAUCGUGUGGUCGACGAACUCGAGCGGCGCCUCUUCAGCGGAGGCUCAGCUGCUUGACAACGGCAACCUGGUCGUGCACGAUCGAGGCAGCAGCACCAUCCUGUGGCAAUCGUUCGAUCACCCGUCGAACACCUUGCUGUCCGGCAUGAAGCUGGGCAAGAACAUAUGGACCGGCGCCGAGUGGUACCUCACGUCGUGGCGUUCCGGCGAUGACCCGUCGCCGGGAGCCUACCACCGCGUGCUGGACACGAGCGGGCUACCCGACCUCAUCGUAUUGCAGGGCCAUGUCAGGACUUACCGCACUGGCCCGUGGAACGGCCGGUGGUUCAGCGGCGUUCCGGAGGUUACGACGUACAUGGACUUGGUCACGCGCCAGGUGACGACGAGCCCGGGGGAGAUAUCCUAUGGCUACACUGCUAAGCCCGGCGCUCCCCUGAGUCGUGUCGUGCUGACGGAGACCGGCAUGGCCGAGCGCCUGGUGUGGGACGCGGGCACCCGGAUGUGGCAGACCUUCUUCCAGGGGCCGAGGGACGUCUGCGACGCCUACGGCAAGUGCGGGGCGUUCGGCCUGUGCGACGCCGGCGCGGCCGCGAAGUCGUUCUGCAACUGCCUAACGGGGUUCAACCCCGCGUCGCCGUCGGCGUGGUCGUUGAGGGAUACCUCGGGCGGAUGCCGGCGAAAAGUGAAGCUGGACUGUGCCAACGGGACGACGACGGAUGGUUUCUUGCUAGUGCGUGGGGUGAAGCUUCCGGACACACACAACGCGACGGUGAACAUGAGCACCACGGUGGAGGAUUGCAUGGCGAGGUGCCUCGCCGACUGUUCGUGCGUGGCCUACGCCGCCGCGGACAUCCAGGGUGGGGAUGUCCGUAGCGGCUGCGUCAUGUGGAGGGAUGAUAUCAUCGAUCUUCGGUACGUGGACAAAGGGCAGGAUCUGUACCUGAGGCUGGCCAAGUCUGAGCUCCCGGCGCCCUCGCCACGGCGGCCAUUUCCUACUGCGCCGGUUGUUGGUGCAUCAGCAGCGACCGUCGCCGUUGUUCUCAUUAUUUUGGUUGCCCUAUUUGUGAUAAGGAGGCGCCGGAAACCUAUAAUCUCAGGGCACAGUGCUGCUCCGUCCCAACCUUCUAUUGGACAGGGCAGUCCUGCUCCAACCGUCCAGUCUGUUGAACUGUCUUUUCUGAAGAAGGUUACAAAUGAUUUCUCCAUACACAAUACCAUUGGUCGAGGAGGAUUCAGCGUCGUCUUUGAGGGGAAUUUACCUGAUGGUAGAAAGGUUGCUGUAAAGAAGCUCACACAGUCUUCUGCUACCGACGACGGCAGUGAAAUUUUCAUGAGAGAAGUGAAAGUGAUGUCAAAUCUCAAGCAUGAAAAUCUUGCUCAGCUCCUUGCUUAUUGCAAGGAAGGAAAUGAGCGCAUACUAGUCUACGAGUACAUGAAGAACAGGAGUUUGAACAUUUACAUAUUUGCAAGCGAUCGCACACGCCGCGCAUUGUUGAAUUGGGAGAAGAGGCUAGAAAUCAUUGUAGGAGUUGCCAAAGGGGUUGCUUAUCUUCAUGGACUAAGCAAGGAAGUGAUACACAGGGACCUGAAACCAUCCAACAUACUUUUAGACGACAAUUGGAGAGCCAAGAUUGCAGAUUUUGGAACAGCGAAAGUGUUCGUCGAUGGCCAAACAAAUCCGACACAAGUACAAACAGCGGGAUACACGGCUCCAGAGUACGCAGCGCAUGGGCGCUUGACACUGAAGUGUGACGUGUAUAGCUUCGGAGUCGUCCUGCUAGAGAUCAUCAGUGGCCAAAGGAACAAUGCCAGCCCAACGCUCAUUUCCGAUGCCCAGGAAUCUUGGAAUCAACAUAAGAUCAAGGAGGACCUCCUCGACGCAGCCGUGGCCCAACCGGAGCCUGAGACUCUCCUUGAGCUGGAGAGAUGCGUGCAGAUCGGUCUCCUCUGCGUGCAGCAAUCGCCGGCCGACAGGACAUCCAUGGCUGAAGUAGUCGCGAUGCUGACGACGAACAGCAGCAGUUCACGGAUCCGCCAGUCGGAUAGGCAGGUGAUCGACGGCAUGGCCGCGUCGUCUCCUCUCCGCGAAGCCAACCUCUCGACGCAGGAGGACGCGUCUGGCGCACAAGGCGACUCCAUCUAUCUCACUUAGCAAGCCCAGCCCGAAGCUGACUGGACAGGGGACCACAUGGCCGCAGGUGUGGUGGUCAAAUUUUGAUCUGUGAGUUGGAUCCGUCCUCUGAUUACCGUGUUGUGGAUCCGUCCUCUGAUUA